AUGGAACAAGGAAAAGGCUCACAAAGUGGACAUAGAAACCCAAGAUCAAACUCUGUAGCAGGGAUAUGGGCGCUGCAGAUGGAAGUUUCUUGUGAUUGUGCAGUCUCCUUAUCUCAUGUGCAACUUGUUCUCCCUCAUAGGUUGAAUACCCCUAUUUGUGUCUCGUUUGCGUCACAAUCACUGUCACUGCAUUUUUCCUCGGGGCUUGUUCUCUGCGUGGUUAAUCCAGUCGAGCAACAGCAACAACAGCAGUCAUAUACAGCCCCAGAGAACACCCACGACCAGGACUACUAUGUGCCGACAGCCAACAUCACCAGAGUCAUGCGUCGGGUCCUACCGCCGCAAGCCAAGAUCGCCGAUGACGCCAAGGAGACAGUUCAACAAUGUGUUACCGAGUACAUCAACAUGAUCACGAGUGAGGCGAACGACCGUUGCCACCGCGAGGGGCGCAAGACCAUCACUGCCGACGAUAUUCUGUGGGCCAUUGAAAGGUUGGGCUUCGACAACUACGCGGGUCCCCUGAGUCUCUUCCUCGACCGGUUCCGCGAUGCGCAGAGGCAGUGGAGCGAGGAGAGCAGAGAGCGUCUCGGCAGUCGUGUGGCGCAUUCCAGGCGGCUUCCUCCUCCUACUUAUGGACUGCUACCGCCGCAGGGGGAUGGUUCCGGUAUUUCUAGUGACAAUGCUGGUGCAGGCAGCAGCUCCUCUACCAGCCAGGGUGGAGCCGCUAGCUUUGGUCCCUAUGCUCAGUUCAAACGCUAG